AUGCGGACUAGAAGAUCAGCGGAGGAUUUCCAUGAAGCCGUGAGAAGAGAUAUUCAGAUCGAGGAGACCUGCAUGAAGAACCACACGGUGGAGCAUUGUCUGUACAGCAGUGACAUAGCACGAACACUUCAGACUUUCAUUUUCUUUGGGUGCUAUUCAGUGUACAUGCGAGAAUGGCUGAAGGUUUUUCCAAGGGAGCAAUUCCUGAUCUUGCGAACAGAGGACCACGAUCAAGACCCAAAAGCUCAGCUGAGAAAAGUGUACAACUAUUUGAAACUAAAUUACACUGAAGAGUGGUUGUCUUACAUCGCCAGUGUGCCUCAUGUCAAUGUCAGCAAGAAGAAGAAAAGUGAAGGACCUAUGCUUAAAAAGACCCGUGUCUUACUCGACACAUUUUACAGCAGAUACAAUCGGGAUUUGGCAGAUAUACUACAGGACAAGAAGUUUCUGUGGCUGACAUAA